CAUCGAACAAUAUGGAUCGGUUCUUCGAUAAAGCCAAGAAGGCCCUCGAUUCAACAACUCAUCUCAUCGCUGAGAAUCAGAAUUUCCGGACAAUGGAUAUCGCUCGAUUUCGUGGCACAGGGCAUUCUUCCCCGCAUCACUCAUCACCACCAGCUACUGCUCCUCAUGAGUCUACAAACAGCCACAAUCAUGUCUCACAAGCGCUAACACCCUAUCCUACCACAACUCCUCUACCUUACCCUCCAUCACCGUCAUCGACCGCACACCAUGGCUCAAAUAUGAAUUAUCCUAUUCAAUCGCUACCUCCAGCGACUUCCAAUGGCUCUAGCCCGUAUCCUCACUCUAAUCAGCCAUCACCUCUGUCGACACCACAUGCUUCUACCGUGGAUAAUCCCUAUCAGUUUUCACCAACUCCAACUACAGCAUCUUACGGCACGGCCAUGCAUCUCCCUCAGGACCACUCACCAAUCCCAACACCAUAUGGCUAUUCUCCUAGUCAUCCCGCCCUACCAGUCACAACGCCUUAUGGCUCAGUCACUGAGCAAUCGAACCAUUCUGCACCAAGUGCAACACCUUACAAUUCCAAUAUGUAUCCACCUCCUAUCUACUCCUCCCCUAUACCAGCACCGGAAACUCCCUAUUCCACCGGGCCAAGCCCUUCAACUCAGCCCUUAGCAUACAGUCAAGCCAAUUAUUCUGAGACUCACAGCACAGUCCCUUUCCCGAACGCUGUUCCUGGCCCCAAUGCAAAUCCACCAACAAACAAUACUCAGUCCCUUCCUGAUCAACCCGUUCUCACUUUCCAACAGAAACUCCAACUCAAGAAGAACCAAGGCAAUCUCGACAGUCAACUCAUGCAAGCGGUUAUCCGCGACAACGCCGAACAAGUGGAAUCCCUCCUAAAACAAGGAGCAGAUGUCAACGCACUCGUCCCAGCAGAAUCACUUGGUCACAGGUACCCAGUUACUCCGCUCUACCUAGCUGCGUACAAAAAGCACAACGACGUCCUUCGAGUUUUACUUCUGUAUCACCCCAACGUAGACGCAUAUUCAAGUUACAAUCAUGGAACAGCAUUGAGCGCAGCCAUCACUCAAUGUAAUCUAGAAGCGUGUGAGGAGUUGCUAAGUGCCGAAGCGAAUCCCAACCUGGAGUGUGCGGGAGGUUUGCCUUUGUUAUGUUGCCUAAAUCGGGACGAUACUGACAUCAUGGAGUUGCUGGUUAUGGCUGGGGCUGAUGUUAAUGCGAAGCCGAAAGAUAAGUCGAGUAUGCCGGGUGACUCGAUUUUGGGCACGGCAUGCGUGUACAUUCAUACCAAGGUGGUGAAGUAUUUGAUUAGCGAGGGCGCAAGAGUUGAGGACUUGAAAGAUGAGAGACAAUACAACUUUGCAAAACGGUGUAUGGAGACGUAGUGGGACUUUGUGACUUUCUGGGCUGCGUUGGCUGCGGAUAGAUCUUCUUUGGAUGUGUGUUUGUACCAAUAGUUCUCUCUGUUUUUUUCCAAUUUCA